CUCAGCUUCUUUUUGUGCUGCGGGCAAUGUUGCUUACACAUAUAUAUUUAGAGGUUACGGAAAAAAGGUCUUCUUGUGGAGAGUGAGUGUUGCAGUGGAUGGCUGCAAACCAGAAAAAAAGCAGAUUUUCACUGAAAACAAGGUCCUUGGCCAUGCUGUUGCUCGGCCUCGCUGUACUUGGUCUCAUUGCCAGCUCUCCCUGCACUGCUGCCCCAGUGCAAGACUCCCUUUCCACUGGGUCCACCAGGAACAAGCUGCUGCUCAUCUCCUUCGAUGGCUUCCGCUGGGACUAUGACAGAGAUGUUGAAACCCCUAACCUGGAUAAGAUGGCCUGGGAUGGGGUGAAGGCACUGUAUGCCACUCCAGCUUUCCUCACCAUUACCAGCCCUUCUCACUUCACAAUGCUGACAGGACGCUACAUUGAGAACCACGGAGUAAUCCACAACAUGUGGUUCAACACUACCACUCAGGAGAAGAAGCAGUACUACAUGACCCAGUUUGUUGAUUCCUACUGGGACAAUGGCAGCUUACCCAUCUGGAUAACAGCACAGAGACAGGGCCUCAAAGCAGGUUCUCUGCAUUUCCCUGGCACAGCAGCCACCUACCAAGGGGAGACUGUCAUGGUUAGACAAGUGGAACCUCAUUUCUAUGAUCAUUCUAAUGAGUCAGAAUGGAGGCUAAACAUCGACGAGGUGAUUGAUGAGUGGUUCCACCAACAAGACCUGGACUUUGUCUCCUUGUACUUUGGAGAACCAGACCUGAUUGGGCACACAUACGGACCAGAUUCCCCAGAACGCAAGGAAAUGGUUCGGCAAGUGGAUCGGACUGUGGGCUACAUCCGGGACAAGAUCCAAGACCAUGGCCUUACCGAUCGGCUCAACGUUAUUAUGACUGCUGACCAUGGGAUGACUACAGUUCUACGGAGUGGACAAGUGGAAGAGAUCAUCCUCUCCAAGAUCCCUGGCUUCAGCUUCAAGGAUAUCCAGUUUCAGUUGUUGGAUUAUGGUCCUCUUGGGAUGCUGCUUCCGAAGGAGGGGAUGCUGGAGAAGGUUUAUCAGGCUCUGAAAGGAAGUCACCCUCACCUUCAUGUGUAUAAAAAAGAGGACAUGCCAGAAAGGCUGCACUACAGUAAACAUCCAAGACUCCUGCCCAUCAUCCUCAUCGCUGAUCCCGGAUACAUUGUCAAUGGGUUUUUCCCUGUGCACUUCAACAAAGGAGAGCAUGGCUUCGAUAAUGAAGCCAUGGACAUGAAAGCCUUCUUCAGGGCUGUGGGACCUGACUUUCAGAGUGACCUGAUGGUCGGUCCCUUUGAUCUUGUUGACUUGUACCCACUGAUGUGCCACCUACUGGGGAUAAAGCCAGAGAUCCAUGAUGGACACUUGAACAAGUCCAAAGACAUGCUGGUCCCCCCAACAACCACAGGAGGAAACGAUGGUGAUCCAGGGAAGAAUACUCACAUGGAGGUGCUGAUUGGCCUUUCAGCAGUGAUGGGAUUUCUUGUCCUUGUGUUCAUCAUUACUAUUUCUUACCACGUGUGCAAAGGGAACAAAGCAUAAAAAUGUUAACAUUUAUCCUGAAAGGAAAAAAGUCAGAAGAAAAGUUGGAAAAAAACUAAAAUUUUUGUUUUAAUUUUUAACAUACAGUAUUUAUUGUACAAAGCAUGUCUGCUCCAAUAAUAAUAAUUAUAAGAAGAAGAAGAACUAUAUAGGGCUUUUUGAAAACUAUUUUGCCAAGUGCUUUACAGUAUAUAAAUUAAAAACAAAAUACAAUGAAGAUUGAAGAAAAACUGAAUGAAUAAAAACUGAAUCAAACAUUUCUACUAUGGCAGUUUAUAAAAUGACAAAUUAAUUCUUUGCAAUAUUCAUUUUGUUAAGCUGAGAAUAAAUACAGAAGAACUAUGUUUUCAUAUGCGGAAAUAAACGUUGUUUUACACA